AUGCUUUAUAAUCGAAUGAUUCUUUGUUCAAAUUCGAUUCGUUUACACUUAAUUCGUAAUUCACAGCAAAAUGGAUUAAAAAUUAUUAUUAUUAAUCAUGAAGUAAAGCGAGUUAAUUCGAAUUCUUUGAGGUUUAUUACCUUGGGAUACGGAAAUAAAGAUAAUAAUCGUCAUCAUUAUUUAAAAAAAGAAGAUAAUAAAUCUGAUAACAAUGAAAAUAAUAUUAUUAAUAAAAAGCAACAGGUAGAUAAAAAUAAGGAAAGUCCAUUAAUGUCAGAAUAUCAAGAUCAUCGUGCAGUUAAUCAUGAAGCAACUGAAGAAUAUGUUGAUGCAGAUUAUUGGUGUGAACCUGUUGGAGAAAAAAAAAGAAAAGAUUAA